AUGACAACCCAAAACUACAAGCCAAAGUCUAUAGUCGCCCACGACCUCGCAGAUUUCAUCUGUCGAACCAAAGAGAGAACCACUCAAUUCGAGGACGCGGUAUCUUCCCCCAUCGAUCCCAAAAAUGGUGGCGACAAGGAAAUGAAACAAGAAAAUAUCCACUCGUUAUCAGACUAUAUCAAGUUCGUCGACGAGUUGGUCAGAUGGGUUCCCAAAGUCUCUAGCACCGGUGACGAGCUCAUGAACAAACUACUCGUUUUUUACUGGGUUCUUGACCAACUAAUUCUAGAACCAUAUCAGACCAAGAUUGCUCCCACAACUGCGAAUACUGAUUUGACUUGGUUUUCGUAUUGGCUUGUUACGUUUGCUUGUGAGCAGGGGAAAUGGCUUGACAGUCCUGAAUCCGCUGGGUCCGUGUACUCGUUCUAUCGAAAUGAGAACUACAGUAAGACGGCAGAUGAGUGGGAAGAGCCCGAGAAUGGCAGAAAAUCCUUUAAUCACUGGUUUGCGAGACGUUGGAAGGAUAUCAAUAAAUCUCGGCCAGUUGCUUCCCCCGGUGAAGAUGAUGUGAUAGUCCAUGUUGCCGACUCCAUGUUUGAUGGAAACACUAGACGUCAAAGGAGUGGAAUGGCCAGUGGAGACACUUCUCCGGGGUCAGGUAUUGAUUACAAGAAUGGUAGCUUCAUGCACGCCUUUUUGGGGCCGACUGAUUAUCACCGGCAGCAUGCACCUGUUAGUGGGAAGGUAAUCGAAGUGAGAAGCAUUCAAGAUCAGGUCUAUCUUCAGGUUUCUAAAAAGUUGGAGAAAUCUGGGAUCAAAGGGUCAAGAGGCCUUUCUUACGGCCCCGGACGACCCAGGGUAUCAAUGGUGUCAGACUCGUGGCUUGAUUGUCAUCCAGAGAAAUAUGGAAAAGUGGCGGUUCUUCCCAUAGGAAUGGCCCAGGUAUCCUCCGUGAAGAUGACAGUAGAAGUUGGGGACAAAGUGAAAAAAGGAGAUAAUAUUUCAUGCUUCCAAUUCGGUGGCUCAGAUGUUUGUAUUGUGUUUGAGAGACGGGUUAAGUGGCGUUUAGACCUCAAACCUGGCGAGACAAAGCUAAAUGUAACCUGGAAGGAAUCAAAAAUAUGGCGUAAAGAGAUUGUCAAUCAACCAAGAGCAUUAUCUCUUACUGUCUGCAAGGCCGCAACGACGCUGAGGACAGGUCAGCCUGUUGUAGUGACCAAUCUAGUCAAACUAUCGAUCAUGGAGAACCUGCUAACCGAGAUUGGAUAUCUAUGUACAGACGCAACAAAUGACUGUGGCGUUUCUAUGUGUCUCGAGAGAGCUCGUCCUCCUCUCAAGAUGUUAGAUGAUAUUAUCCAGGAUAUUAGAGCGGCAAAGUUAACGCAUCGGGAAAAGGUCAAGAACGUUUUCAAGGCCCUAUCUUAUGACUGGAAGCUGUCUGACGCUUCCGACCUCCUAAGAGGGAACAUAGAUCGUUUAUCUCUGGGAUUACUUGUACUGCAGCUCCCUUCCUGGUAUUCUGGUAAGGACCUGUGGGCCAGAUUAUGGACAAAUGGGCUUGGUGACAGUAGUGUGCAGCAGAGUUUGACAGUGAUGCAUACUGUGCCAUCAUCAGAGGGAAUAUGGGAUCUUGUUACACGGAGGGAUAUUGUGGGUAUCAGAAAUGAAUUUAUCAAGAGAAAGUAUUCUGUGAAUACCGUGGACGAGUACGACCGGAGUCUUGGGCUGGCCUGCCGAAGUGGUCAAAGUGACUUUGUCCGUUUUCUUCUUGAUACGGGGGCCGUCAGUCAGUGCGUUAAUGAUAACGGCAGGUAUGCAUCCAGAAUUGAACAUCUUAGAUAG